CUAGCAGCCAACUAGGAAACUGAAGCGUGCUCUCUCUGCCAUUCUAUGUAUAUAAUACACGUACAUGUAUGCAUAAAUAACAUCAAUCUCCCACAGAGGAGAGUGUUUUCUGGGAAUAGAAUCUCAACCUACUUGGGGGUUGCUUUUGGUUUUGGGUUUUGUGUGUCUCUCUCUCUCUCUCUCUCUCUCUCUCUUAAUUGGGUGGUGUUGGUUGGAUAAGGGUAGGGUGCACGUAAAAAUGGAAGGUGGAGGGGAGUGCUGUUCAAGCACAGAGAAACCGAAGCAGAGGCAGCAUCAGGCGCAGGAGAAGCCAUACAGGGGGAUAAGGAUGAGGAAGUGGGGAAAGUGGGUGGCUGAGAUUAGAGAACCCAACAAGAGGUCAAGGAUAUGGCUGGGUUCCUACACCACUCCUAUGGCCGCCGCCCGUGCUUACGACACCGCCGUCUUCUACCUCCGCGGCCCUUCUGCCCGCCUCAACUUCCCGGAAUUAGCAAUCGAAGAAGACGAGCUUCACGACAUGUCCGCUGCCUCCAUACGCAAGAAAGCAGCUGAGGUUGGGGCCAGGGUUGAUGCCAUCCAAGCCACCCUCCACGCAUCACCACACAGCUCUAUCCGACCCCCCCACCAGAAGCCCGACCUGAACGAGUACCCAAACCCGGAAAGCUCGGACGAGGAUUGAUUGAUUGAUUGAUUUGAGAGCUCAAACUUGCACCAUCUCGAUCGAUCGAAAUCCUUCAUUAAUUAAUUUCCUUGCUCUCUCUUCUGCAACUUCCUUUGCUAACGUUCCACUGGAAAAACAAACAUCUGAUGGACGAAGAAAGGAGAAGAAGAAGAAAAGGAAGAAGAGUCUUGUAAUAUACAGAGGGUGAGGGAUAUAAAAUUUCAGCUGAAAUGUUUCGAUCUGCUGUUACGGACAGAUGCAUGGGCGAUGGGCGAAGCUGCUGCUGCUGCUGCUGCUGCUGUUGCCGUGUUUUUUUUUUUUUUUUUUUUAGAGCUAAAUCAUAUGUGUUCAGUUUCAGAUUUGUAACAAAUUAAGCGAAGGCUUAAACGGCUACGGUUAACUAGCGGUGUAACUUCCUUUUUCAUGCGUUUAUUUAUUUGUCUAUGAUUUUUGUCA